AUGACGGAAAAAUGCAGAGACACUAAGCGUACGGGCAUCUACCGCCUCAGUGGGAAAAUCACCGACUUGCGGCUGGAUAUCAAGCUGCGGCACCUGAGCGAGUGGCUGCCAGUCCCGAAGCUGGACUACGCCGGAGCUGGAAUCUACAGCACGCCCAGCGCCAGCACCGUAGUAACCGAACGGAAUUUCUAUGACGACUGCUUUAUUUUUGUGCCGAUGUGCGACGAUCCCAUUUUCAGCGAGGGCUUCGGCAAGCAGAUCUACUACAACUACUACAAUCUGGGCAGAGGCUCGACGCGCUGGAGCUCGAGCUCCCAACGUAGUUACAGCACAUUGGUCAAUCCCCGGGGAGCCCUCACGCUCCAGCCAGAGACGGAGACGGAGCUGGAGCAGGAUCGUCCGUCAGAGGCGGAGGCGGAGGCGGAGGCGGACACUGAGACGGAGAGCCAGGCCGCUCAGCCCCAGGAGCUGAACAUGUGGAACGAAAUCAGCGACGCCAGCCGGGCCUUCUACGCCCUCAACAAGGAGCUGUGCAACGGGUGCACGGCAAACCUGCAGAUUGCCUGGCAGCAAAAGUACUUCAGUCGUGCAGAGCUAGAGACCUACAGCCAGGAUGCGGACACCUACACUACGCAGCUGCAGCGCCGCUACCACCGCUGGGCCCAGGACAUCAUAGAGCUGCAGCAGAACCAUCUGCUGUUGGAGGAGGAGCAGCAGGAGCUGGCAAAAGAGGAAUUGGUGCACGUGCACCGCAGGAUACACAAAUCGAAGCGCUGUCGCAGUGGGUCGGACACGAUGACGUGGUUCCCCAACGGGGGCAGCUCCUCGGCGUCCAUGUCCCAGGUGUCGGUCAUAGAGGAUCCGAACUUCGCGGCCCGCACCUGCCUCAUCCACACGCUGAUCGAAGCGGACGGCGAGGAGCACCUGCCACAGGAGGCGCGCCAGUUCCACGCCGACGGCUUCCAGGUAAUGUACGUCUUUGCCGACCUGCAGGAGGACACUCUGCUGGUGACCAUCCGGUACUCGCCUGCGCUGGGGCUGGUCUAUGUCUAUCCGGACUUCACCUGCAGCGCUGACGACAUGGACUACGAGGUGGUGAUCGACAGAGUCGACGACUGCCGCCAGCUCUACUGCUACGGCUUCCAGAGCGUCACGCCGCUGGAGGCGGUGGGCAGCGAGGAGUGGAACAUGCGGAUGGAGGGCCUGCUCAGUGGAGGGAGCUCAGAGCACCAGCAGAGUGAGGAGACGAGCGUGGGGUCAGAUGAGGAGUUUCCUGUGCCUCCGAAUGCCAGCUCGCAGGACUUACUGGACUACUUCCAGGGACAGCGGUCCCUCACCACGGAGCUACGUAUCCUAAGCCACUUCGAGAUGCCGCCCAAGCGGAUGCGCCGCGUCUCGCUGCUGCUGGAGAUACAUGAGGCCCAGCACUUCGAGCACCCCAACAUCCAUGUGCGUUACUUCAUCCAGCCGCCUCCCCACACCAUGGUGGAGACGAUGGCGACCGGCAGCAAUCCCUUCCCUUUGCGCGGCGCCACAGCCACAUGCCUGGGCGCGGGCGACUCCCGUUGUGCCCACCUGGCGCACUGCUGGCAGCUGACGCUGCUCUGCGAGGAGCAGUUCGAUCCCGUCCACCUGCUCCACGUCUACUUCGAGGUAAUCAGCAUCGACGGAUGGCAGCGCGAACGCUGCGAGGGCUAUGCCCACUUCGCCUGCUCCCUGAUGGACCCGCUUCCACCGUCUUCCGGCGAAGGCCUGCGACUGCAGUGCACCCGUCCGCUGGGCAGCUGGCUGGACACCCUCAACCGAUACUUCAUUGGCGGACGCCAGAACUUCGACUUUGUGGCCUACUUCAGGGGCCGUUCCAAGCCCGAAUCCAGUCUCCACACGCGCCUCAGUCUGGACACCGCAAAGGCCAUGCGGAACACUGGCUCACUGGUUUUCCGCAUUCGCAAGCUACAGCAGGGCCAGCCGGAGAUGCUGGUACAGCUGAAGAUGGACAUGGGCCCGAACAGCAGCGAGGAAAGCGAGACGGACAGGAAUAGCACGCUGGACGAGGUGAUAGCUGCCUUUGUGCAGGCCAGGGAGCGCAUUCGGUCGCUCUUGGGCCACCAAGCCUCGUAUUGAUAGGACCUCUGCACUCUUCCGCUUCCUUCCAUGCGAAAACUAGACUGAGUUAGCCGCU